GCGGGAUAGAAUGACAAUGCCUCAAUACAAUAGUUUAUACAUCCUCAAUAUAAAAGUAUUCGGACUUAUUUAAACUUUUGAACAUAAAUUUAAAAGAUCUCUCGUUUUAGUAUGAUUUAAUGAAACCAAGUCUGGAUAUAGUUACAGCACACUAACAAAAAUGGCAAAUUUAGACACACUUUUGAAAAAUAAACGGAAUAGGAAUUAUAUUUCGUGCCUUCUUGUAACUAAAAAGGUUGGUAAAGCAUUGGGACCAUUCACCGAAGACAAGCUUCAACACAUUCAUGGACAAAUAGUGAGAAAAUUAGGCGCACAGAAUGCGUGCACUGAUCAGUGCAGUCAACAGUUCAAAAACAAUUUCAACAGGUGGUGUAUUACAUGCACUACAUGGAGGGCGGAGCUCCUACGAUUUCAUUUGUUUCCUCGGAAGAUCACGUGGUCUGAACUUCACUCAUGGGAGUGGCCAAACAAUCCAAAACACAUUUCCGAGGUUUUCAUGAUUCAAGGUUUCAACAAAACGAAUCUGAAUUUAGAAGACGUGACUGUAUCAUUAAACAUUUGGAAACGAUGUUCCGAGUUUCAAAGAAGUCUUAUACCAAUGGCAGACGCUGUAAGGGGCUGUAGAAAUCAGUUAUGCCAUGAUAUAUUCGAAUGUGAUGACAAUUUAAAGACGGAAGUGUUCGCAAAUAUCAAAAAGUUAAUUCAUCACAGAGAUUUAUCACCAUUAAUUCCUGAUAUUGUUGACCUCUGUGAUUGCAUUCGAGACCUAGAAAAGGACCAACUGAAUAUAUAUUAUAAACAAGAAUUGGAAAACAUUAUACAAGGUAGAUUAACUGAUGUCGAAACACAAGUCAGCAUGCUGUCAAAUAUAUGCUAUAUGGUUAUGUUUGUCGUUUGCUUUAUGGUUAUGUUUGUCGUUUGCUUUUUAACCGUAUUGCAUUUCUGGUCACGUAACACAUUAUCGCCGAGGACAUCGACAAUGCCCAGGAUGAGAACGUCUGAAAUAGGAGAGUGCGUAACAGAAGACAUCUACGGGGACUUUCCAAAUCCAUUAAGUUUGGAACCUUAUUUAAAACGCCACAAAAAGUUAGUUGGACGUGAAUGGCUCUUCGAUAUUAUUACAAAAAGUAUUCAAACUAUGAAUCCUUCAACGCGCGGCCUAGUCAUGAAAGCAGACAUGGGAUACGGGAAAUCAGCUUUCGUCGCCCAUACCGUAUGCGCAGAUGAACACAGCAAGGGGUUUCGUUUAAGAAAAAUGUUAAUAGCAUUUCAUAUUUGCAAAUUCGAUGUUUUAUUAACGCAGAAGCCCGGGCUCUUCAUUCGAAGACUUACAUCAAUGAUUUCGCAUUUUGUACCCGAAUUAAUGACUCAACUAUUGACUGAAAGACAAUGCUUCGAACACUACAAUGGUGAUUUCUGCAACGAAGAUUAUCUAGGAUGCAUCGACAUUUGCUUAAUUAAUCCGUUACAAGCGUUAUCGAGAAAUGAUUUUACAACUUCUCUCAAACUGAUCAUUAUCGAUGCUAUAGACGAAUGUGGGAAUCCAAAGGACGCAAGCGACAACGCAAUCAUUGAAAUAAUUCGGAAACGUUUCCAUUUGUUUCCAACUUGGAUUAAACUGUUAAUGACAAGUCGUAAGCUGAAGCCACAUGCACAGCUUAUGUUGGAUUUUAAUGUGAUAUAUCUGCAUACUUUGGAGAAAAGAAACCUACAGGAUGUACGAUCAUAUUUGAACAGAACAGAAAUAAAUAGGCUAGACAUGCCGUCGACUUUUCUUAUCGCACAGUACAUGGUUGAUUCAAAUAGCUACAACGACUCGAAUAUAAAAAACCUUGACAGAUUUUAUUUUGAUCAAUUUGAAAGAAUUUUUGGGGACGAAUUUAAAAAUGCAAGGAAAAUUUUUGAAGUGACAGUAACUACGUAUUUAACAAAAACAAAACAUAAUAUUUUAAAAGUAAUUACGGAUUGUUUUACAAUACACAAAGACACCUUAAAUGAUGAACUCAAAAAGGUUGAGCAAUUCUUUAUAACUGUAAAUGACACUGUUACAUUUACCCACCAGUCCGUUGUGAAUUGGUUAGAAAACAAAGCUUCUAAAACAUUUAAAAUACAGAGAAAAAACGGCCAUACAAUCAAUGCUCAAUAUUUACUCAAUCAAAUUGACAACAUGUAUAUUAUUGACACGGAUAUUGUCAACCUAGCAAUACACAUAAUGAACUCAGAAGCAACUGGAUUAAUUGAUCGAUUUAAAAAUAUAAGCCAUGAUCAAAUAACGCUUUUGGAAAGGACCUACUCUGAAUCACCUUUGAUACGAUGCGUGAAACGCCCUGACUGUUCAAAUAUACCGCAUACUCUGUAUUACCAUUUCAACAACACUGAAGAGCUGAGUAGCGAAAAUUUUACUGCGGCGUACAUUGCUGCUGCUACGGGGAAAUUGUCCGCUUUAAAAAGCCUUUGUUACCAUGGGGCUAAUGUGAAUUUUAGAGUGAAAUCUUACCACGGAACGAUGCUUGCAGACGUUGACGUUGCCGUUCAAAUCGCUACCUUGAUGAAACAAUGGGGUUACGGAUUACUCGAUAUUGCCUCGCAAAAUGGACAUUUUCAAAUAGUAAACUUCAUUUUGACUGAUAAUACUUUUUUCGGCAACUACACAUAUCACAUAUUGAAUGGCAUCAAUUUAAAGCCUGUGCAUCUUGCGUGUAAGUCUGGUUAUGUUGAUACGGUCAAGGAGUUUUAUAUUUACAACAAAGGUAGUGUUGACUGGCAAUGCCUGUAUUUUGCAGCAGAUGGAGGACAUUUGUCUCUAGUGUCGUACUUAAUGAAUGAAUUGAACAUUACUGACAGGUGCCGGGAGUGUAAUGAAGUUCUUACGUGGCUUUCUGAGGGGUGUUCCCGAAUGCAAGGAAGAAAAGUAGAUACAGUGUGUCUUUAUGACGAUUGGGGUGAUCUAUCAUGUGAAAGUGCACUUCAUGCAGCAAUUCGAGGUGAUAAUGUUAACAUAAUGAAAGCGAUUAUUUCCAAUAAUGGUGGCUCAACGCUUAGUUGUAUGGAUCGAGGAGGGAGACCACCUUUGCUUGUAGCAAUUCAAAAUAAUCGUAAGGAUAUGGUGCGUUACAUCCUUGAUAAUCACAAGAAGUUUGCAAACAUAAGUUAUUCGUGUGGAAAUACAACUGAGAUCAAAGAUAAACUCCAACUUAAUUUAUAUGAAGAAAAUCUACUUAAUUCGCAGAUAUGUAAACGACUCGAAGAUGUUUUAGCAGAGCAAGGAGACUUUUGGAAUUUCACAGGUUUUAAUGAGCAUGGACUGCAUUUGGAUUUCUUUACGCGUGAUGCAAACGGGUGCUUUACCGCUCAUUCUGCCGCCUGCGGUGGGAAUAUAAGGUUACUUAAGCAUUUGAUACACGACCAAAGCACGGAUAUAAUGACAUUGCUUUGUAAUAACAUGUCUUCACCAUUGCAUUCAGCAGUAAUUUGCCAAAACAACAUAUCGUUCUAUUAUAUAAGAAAUCAAGUUAACAGUGCUAACAUAGAUCUUCAAAGGUAUAGGUUUGCAUACAUGUGGCUAGCCGUUAAACAGAGGCCAUUUUCAUUAGACCCAAAUAAACAGACCUUAUCAUUUAUAAUUUUGGAUAUGUAUUCCAUCUAUCCUGAUACCAUUCAUGGAAAGGAUCGCUUUGGGAGAAACCCUUUACAUUAUCUUAUUCAGAACGGCCAUUCAAAUGUGUUAAAUACACUUUUUCAGACACAUGGGGAUACUGUUGAAGCUUUGUUGACUAGAACAGAUUAUUUGGGUCAAACACCAUUUAUGUUUUCAGUCAGAAGAUUAAGCAAACGAAAACGUUUCGCCGUUUUGAAAAAGCAUUUUAAUUUAGAGACAGAUUUUCAAUUAGGUGAAUUGCUCUUAGACCAGCGGCUCCUAACUCAAUCUGAAUAUACGUUUAUCGUUUCAUUACAUUUUGGAAAAUUAAGGAAUUUAUUAACCAGUCCGGUCAAAACAAAAAUUUUAGAAAUAUUAAUCAAGAAGAGAACUUUUUACUUAUUUCAAAUGUGUUUAUCACAUAUAUUUGAUGAGCAUGAAAGGUAUCAAACAUCUGUUUUGAAAUCAAUUUUGAAGAACGAUUCUCAUGGACUAUUUCUAAUGUUUUAUUACAAGAAACUAGCACUGGAUAUCGAAACAUUUGAUUAUAACGUUCAUAAUAUAAAACAGAUUCUUCCAUUUUUAAUUUGUAAUGAUUGUGACAGUCUAAUUGAAAGUUGUCUUAUACAUAAAACGAUACAUAAAUUCGCAGAAUUCGAAAAGGUAAACAGCUUUCUUUAUAAGGAAAUUGUUUACCCUGAAAUAACAUCUGUUGUAAAAUUUGUUUUUGAAAGAGUAAACAGUUCUGUCUUGACACUCUGUAAAAAUGAAUACAGUCAAAAUGUUUUAGAUGUUGCAAUUCAACAAAAGUCCGUAAUGUUCACAACUUAUUUUCUAGACAAAGGGGUCUCGCCUAGUUUUUCACAUGAAUCUGUUUUAUCCAAGGCCAUCAAAACGUCGGUCUCUAAGGAAGUCAUUUUGUUCACUUCAAUUUGUAAUGGCACAGCUAUAGAAAUAACAUUUUUGAAAUUCAAUGAUAUUUUAUCUAUUCUAAACAGAUCUUCAACGGAAGACAAGAAUGAUAUAUUUCAAGAGUUAGUACUCAAUAAUGUUGUUAUAGACGGCUCAUUAUUGCUAUUUCAGGACAAUGAAACCGAUUCCUUUAUUUCGUUGUAUAUACAUACAUUUUAUCGGUCGAUUUCUAGGACGUUCAUAUGCGACACAAAUUCAACAAACUUUUCUUUUAUACAUUUUCUUUCCCUUCAAAAGUUCAUUUAUUCCGUUAAAGCUUGCUUCACAUAUUUUGGAAAGGAAAUCUUGGAUUGUAGAAAUAAAGACAACUUCACACCAGCAUACCUUGCCUUGGUAUUCGACAGAGAAAAUAAAACGUUAGACUUUAUUCAAUCAAAUCUUCACAGUAAAGGAAAAAUCACAUAUCCGGACAAAUAUGCUGAGCACUAUUUAGUGUACAUUCUUUCAACCGCAUUUAGCAACUCAAAUAGAAUAACGCAUCAGAUUUCAUGCCGAGAUAAGUUUAUGAGAAAUCGUAGGAAGGUAUUUUAUCAUUACAUAAAACUUUACAACUGUUUAAAAUCUUUCUCCACAAUUUUCACUACAGACGAGGUUGUACAGGCAUAUAGAACGAUAAAACGUUCCUUUAAGGCUGUGAUACGUUUAAUAUCAUUUUAUUACUUACACCAAUCACUGAAUCAAAUUUACACGUACAAUAAUCCAUCUAAAUUAGCAAUUGGAAAACAAAUUCAAACGUUUAGAUAUUUUGUUUCAAAAAUAUGUGUCUUUUUGUUAAAAUCAGGAAAAAACAAAUUUCCAAGACACAUGUCUGCAGAUCUAUAUAAUGAAAUGAAAAAACACAUGCCUGUUAAACAUCAUUGGGUUUUAGAAGAAGACUUGUAUACAAUUGUGAAGGAAUCUGAUACAGAUUGGUGUUACAACGACAUCAAUUUUGCCUUUGAUACAGCAAAUAUAUUUUAUUCAGAUUUGUCUCAGUUGUCAACUUUUGAAAGUACAUUAAAUGGUAUUGUUUCAGGAAUUUUGAAAAUGGUUGUUAAAACAAACAUAUUGCGUUCUAAUUUUACUACACCUUUUCUGAUUAAACGAGGAAUGAGGAAUAAGUGCACAUCUCAUGGUCGUUCUUAUUUACAAAAUGAAUCUAAGCGAUUUUCCUAUUUAAAUUGUAUUUCAUCUCUGCCAAUAUAUAGCUUUGCGUUUGACAUGAACACCUUUCAGGAAUUGGAGUAUUUAAAAGGUAUUUCGUCUGCACAAAAGCGCUAUAUUUCGUUGAUGUCAGGGUUUGAGUUAAAGCAACUCUUUUCAGAACGUAGAAAAGGAGAUUGAAGAAAAAAAUCUGGCCGCUUUUCAGUCCUUUUUUUUAUAUAACUCUCAACAUAAUGUAGCCUCAACAAAUUGAUGUUUUUCAAAUGCUGUUAAUAUACAAUAUCUUUAUAACUUUCGAUUGGCCCCUCUUGUUUCUCAUUUGUGUUUAUUGUAUUUUAUGUUUGACAAAAUGUGUGUGUACAAACAUUUUUAUUAAAAUGAAAAAAGAGUAAAUAAUGAGAGCAUAUUGAAUAAUAUUUUUUGCUUAUAAGAGGUAAAAUAUGAUGUAACAUAGACCAAAAUAUUAUAAUUCAUCCAUACCUAUAUUAUGUUUCACAGUUUAGAAAAUAAAUGUUUAAUGAUA